AUGGGCAACACUCAACGGUUGCGGAAAGCUUUGGAAAACACCGAGAACAGUGGAAUCUCGCAGGAGCAAUUGCGACCUGCGGAACUCUCGUUAAGUGCCUCGCGGCGGUCAGAUGCGGCACACGAGGAGCUCGAAGAGGCGAUUGAAACCUGUGAUGCCGAGAACAUUCACAAGUCCUUGGUGGAAGCCUGCAACAACAAUGUCUCAGACAGCGAGCUGAUCUUCCACGCGCGAGAGAUGUUGGACCAUUUGCUUUCCCUUCGGCAGCAGUUGCUGAAGGCUGUUGAGUCGAUGGACCUACAGCGAUUGCAUGUGGCAGUGGAAGAAUCAGCACAGGGACAUGACGGCCUGCCAGAGAAGGAUUUGGCGAGUGCUCUCCGCAUUUUGGACGAGUUGAAGGCCGGAGAACUGGCACGCCUGGAACGACAUCUCAAACAGGCGGCCGAGGCGGAAGACUUCCGCGCCUUGGACUAUUUGCUCCGCCGAGCGGAACAGAACACACACCUUUGUGGCCUCCAGGUGAAGGAGCUGGACCUCGAGCAGUUCCAGCAGCUCGCUCAGAAGCAUCAGGCGCCGACAGAACAUCGAGAAAGUGACGCGGGAGGAUUUGCAUAA